AUGCCUCUCGAUCGCCUCAUCAAGGCCAAGAAGAGCGUUUCGGAUAUAUUCACUCGGAUGAGCGGUGCUCCGAUUCAUUCACAUUCUCCCAAUCGGAAUGAAAACGAUGCACUAAUUUAUGAGACUCCGAAUCCAUAUUCACCAGGAGCAAAGUCCACCGUACCCGAUGCAAGUGACGAAUCACCCGUACGAAAAGGUCUAAUGGGGUCGUUGCGAAAGCAAAAGCUGCGGAGCAUUAGCUCAUUACGAAGUCUGCGGUCGCCUACCAAGACCAAGCAGCUUGACACACCUGCAUCGCUGCCGGUCGAUGGUCCUUAUACCCCAAAACACCGCCUUAAUUCAUCGCUCGUACUCGAUUUCGAGGAAUCACCGCCUGACACACCAAUAUUCGAUCUCGACCGCAAAGACUCUAUCACCUCAAGCUUGAGGGUUCAUCACUCCUCGCCUGUGCCUGUUCCGACAUCUGAGAAACGGAAUCUGCAAUCAUCUGUUGAUUUAUCGCUCAUUCCUUUUGGAACUGUACCGCUUUCACCAGCUCCCAUCCAGAGAAUCUUGGAGUUGGACCAGACUGGGAGCCCCCCUUCGCCAACGUCCAUCCUAGCAUAUAACCCAGAUCAAGAAACGAUGAAGAGUAGGGUGUCAACAGAGAGUGCUCUCUCUGAUAGUCUUCAUGGUGCUGGAAUCUACGUCGAUGAAUCCGUUGUCAGUCACGACGAUUUAGAGCUCAACCAUCUGCUUCCAGACGAGUCCCUCACGAAAAUCCACAGCACUGAAGAGCCACGACAAUCACCGGCGUGUGAAGAGCUGUCUGGUGUACAUCGUAUGGAAGAUUCAUCGACCCACAAGACAGGCGACGAGCAAGUUUGCACGCGAGGCAGUGCCACCAACAAAGCACUGAAUGCAGCAGAUGUAAACAAGAUGGUAGAAAAGCAGGCAAAAGUCAUACUCGAUAAAGGUUAUCAUGCAAGGACCUAUCGUCGAGCAGAUGGGAGAUGUCGACUCAAGAUCAAGCUGCUCGCUUCCGACUCGGAGGGUGGCGACGACAACGCUCAAUGUGAUAAUGAGAUACCGUUCAAGCUUGUUGGUCCUCAAGCAGACAUAUUGGUGUCGGAACUUGGCUCCAUCGUUCGGGAAAAUGGGAUGGUUUUUAUAUCUGAUGAUGAGCUUGACAAAGCGUUUGCAGCGGGAAAACUUCUCGCAUAUCUAGAUAUUGCUCUGGACGAGGACAAACCCAUGGUUGUGCAGAGCCACCUCCACAGCCCGACAGAGGUGGGGAAGCACGAUAGCACCUGGGGCCAGCAUACAGGACUCUACGAUGGCUCGGGCUACGGAGCGGGAUCCAGCUUAUGGCUUGUGGCGGGUGUGACUGAGAUGGCAGACGUAUCUUCCACGAGCAUCCCUGGAGCAUUCUCAGACCAUGAGAAUGAAGCUCCCACAAUCAUUCGCAGGCUGUGGGAGAAAACCUAUCGUCACGGUCUUGAUACAGACUUUCCUGGACAGGCUAACGUGGGUGACGCAGCAAUCUCCGAGGCGCAUGGGCAACCCGAAAGCCAUUUCAAGGACUACAAGCCUGUCCAGGGCGUGAAGUUCAGUAUGCCAGGUGUAGACUAUAGUUCCUGCGGGGAAAACACCAACGACAUUGCCAUCCUGGGCUGCGGUAUCAUCGGCUUGUGUACCGCGUACUACCUUACAGAGAGUGGAGCGACAGACCCAAAGACAAUUCACUUGGUUGAUUCGAGUCCGGAGUUGUUCCAAUGCGCGUCUGGCCUUGCUGCGGGGUUCCUCAGUGCUGACUGGUUCGCCCCCUCGGUAUCUUCGCUUGGAGCGUUGUCCUUCAAGCUUCACGCCGACCUUGCCAAUGCGCACUCUGGACGGUCAACAUGGGGUUACUCGCAGUCGACUGGCAUCUCCCUUUCGCAAGACAGCGAGUCAGCCAUCGGCGGCAGCGGCGAGGACUGGCUUGAGAAUGGGACGAGCAGAGCACAGCUAGCGAACCACAACAAGCCCUGGGAAGAGCAGGCUGCCGGCCCGGAAUGGCUUCGUCGUACACAGGAAGGCAUCAUGGAGGUCAUCAGUCGGGAUGGUACUACGGCACAGAUCGAUCCCUUGAGAUUCUGCCAAUGGCUGCUUAAAGAGGUCAAGGAAAGGGGAGUACGGAUACACCAGCCUGCGAGGGCGACAGCAAUCAUCAAAGACGCCGACGACGUCUUAUGUGGCUUGAGCAUCUCAACGAGCGAUGACGCUGAGUCGGACACAGAGUUGCCGUGUACUCGCCUCGUCAUCACUUCUGGCGCCUGGUCUCCUCGUGUUUUCAGCACCCUCUUCCCGUCGUCCAAAGCACGCAUCCCUGUUUCCUCGUUAGCCGGCCACUCGCUGCUCGUCCGAAAUCCACACCACAAACCCGAAGAGCUCGACAAGGAAGUCUGCCACGCAGUCUUCGCAACAGACACACUUGGCUUCUCACCAGAAUGGUUUGCGAGACUGGGUGGAGAACUGUACCUGGCAGGACUGAAUAGCACAAGCAUACCGCUACCAGAUGUUGCGACGGAUGUCAAGGCUAAUGACAAGGCCAUUGCCCAGUUGAGACAGUGCGCAAAAGCUAUGAUGAUGAAUGUUCCGGGAAAGGGCAUGGACGUCUUGAGAGAAGGCUUGUGCUUCCGUCCAGUCACGUCCAGCGGUCGACCUAUCGUGUCGCGAAUACCAGACGACAAGCUUGGAGGCACCAAGACCAAGGACGGAGAGAACGGAGGUGUCUAUAUAGCGGCGGGCCAUGGUGCUUGGGGGAUAUCACAUGCGCCCGGCACUGGGCUUGUUCUGUCUGAACUGAUAGAAGGACGGGAAUCUAGCGCAAAGAUUGAGGCAUUACAAUUACCAUCGUAA